CAAAUAGUGCACCAGAGAGACACAACGAACAAACACUUUAGCAGAGGUCGCUAGCGCACGGAAGCGGUGUCAAUUCUCAGACCAAAAAAGCUUCUCUCGUUUGAAUAAAGUAAUGAGGUACGACGUCGGACAGCUAACUACCUUCACCUUGUUCUGAACAGACUGGCGUCGCCACAGUGAAAAUGGACCAGGAGUUUGAAGACAUAGACUCGGAGGGCCGGUGGCAGAAAAUGUACUUAGAAAUCAGAAAUCAGUCCCAGGAGUGUUCCUACAAGGUGGCAAAGUAUCCAGAGAAUCGUAAUCGAAACAGAUACAGAGACGUCAGUCCAUUUGACCAUAGUCGGGUAAAGUUGAAAAACACAGAGAAUGACUACAUCAACGCAAGUCUGGUAGUGAUGGAGGAAGCCCAGAGAAGUUACAUACUGGCUCAGGGCCCCCUCAGAAACACUUGUGGUCACUUCUGGCUCAUGAUCUGGGAGCAGAAGACCAAGGCGAUCAUCAUGCUCAACAGGGUCAUAGAGAAAGGUUCAGAAAAGUGUGCCCAGUACUGGCCUACAUCUGAGGAGAGGGAGAUGACCUUUAGAGACACGCGCUUCUUGGUCACGCUAUUGUCAGAAGAUACCAAGUCUUAUUACACCACCCGAGUGUUGGAGCUGCAGAAUGUCAAUACGGGGGAGAAGAGAGAGAUCUACCACUUUCAUUACACCACAUGGCCUGAUUUUGGUGUCCCAGAGUCCCCAGCCUCCUUCCUAAACUUCCUUUAUAAGGUGAGGGAGUCAAAAGCGCUGGGUGUCGACCACGGGCCAGCGGUAGUUCACUGUAGUGCUGGAAUUGGACGCUCUGGGACAUUUUCGUUAGUCGACACAUGUUUAGUCCUGAUGGACAAGAGGAAAGGCCCGUCAUCCGUGGACAUCAAAAGCAUCCUGCUGGACAUGAGAAAGUACCGUAUGGGUCUGAUUCAAACCCCUGACCAGCUACGCUUCUCAUACAUGGCUGUUCUUGAAGGAGCCAAGUACAUAAUGGGAGACUCGUCUAUACAGAACCGGUGGAAGGAGUUGUCCAAGGAGGACCAGGAGCCAUCGUCGGCGUCUCGCCCCUCAACUCAGCCUCAGGUCAGGUGUCCAGGGGAGCGAUGCAACGGCAGCCAGCGGGUUGGUCAGUUGGAGGAAGGGGUUGACUACAGGCAGGACGGCAAAGCACCGGCACAGUCUCCCUGCAAGGAACAGGAGUUGGACAGCAGCACAUCACACAAGCGACGCAGAGAAGACAGUAUCUCUAAAUCAGGGACAGCCAAAACAUCCCAAAACAAGCCCAGGACAAGUGACUCGGACAGGAAGAGAAAAAGGGUGAAAACCAGCGACUGCUAACCACCUCCACCCGUGGCCACGCAACUACAGCUUUUGGCGACAAAGCCACCAUCGGCAGGGAUUUCCAGCUCUCUCCUCUGAGCUCUGUCCUCCACAAGUCCAACCCACCUCAUCCCUCUUUUAUUUUCUAUCACUUAUUUUAUUGUUUUUUUCCCCCUGUGUCUCAGCCCAACAGCAUUAUUUAGCCGCAGUUCGCCUCUUAUUACAUGUCACUCCUGCUUCCUCCUUAGUUUUGUAGCGUAUCACAGCUGUUCCCUAUCACCUCUUCCUCUUUCAACUGUUUACAGAAGAUACUUUGACAUUCUUUGAAGCCCCCACCACCUCCUCCUCUUCACCUCAGCCUAAACCUCAUCCACCACCUGUGUUGCUCCUGGAGUCAGAGGACAAUGUUUUUUUGCUUUCAUAAUAAUAUUAUUAUUUUCACUUUCUAUUAAAAGUGUCUGAAAUUAGGACAGAAUAUAGGGGUGGCUCUCCACUGCCAGUUUGUAAUGGUGUUCAUAUUUGUAUUUUUAGAAAAGCUUUUUCAGAGACAAAAAAAAAAUGGAGAAAAACAAAGUUCUAUUUUUUAUAAGAGAUUACUUGAAGUUUUUCACAGUGAUGUGGGGAGUUGGUUCAGUAAGAAGCUCUGCCGCCCCCCACACGAGAAAUUCAGUGGCAUGUAAUGUUUUCAUGAUGUACAUAGUGUUCUUUUUAAAAAUGUGUGUGUAAAAAGACAUAUUUUGUUGCUUGUAAAGGAAAAAAAAAGAAAUGAUGUUACAGAUUUGAAUACAGUAGAAAGCUGAUUUGAUGACUUGUUUUUUUUUUUUUAAAUGAAUUUGUCUUAAGCUCUCUCUCUUUCUUUCUCUCGAGUGUAAUCUACAAAUAAAACUGGUAUUAUCUAGUUUA